AUGUCAACCCAAAAUCCCACCGAAGCUACACCAUUACUCGAUCCCUCACCAGAGCCCCAAUCCGAGAUUAUCUAUCCCAAUGAUGAGACGUCAGAUUCCAAUGACUCUAUCCCAGACGAUCCUACUACUCUCCAGGUGUGGAUACUCAUGUUUGGGCCCUUUCUUUCCGCCUUCGUAUCAUCGGUUGAUUCCUCCAUGAUUGCUACUCUUUCAUCCCCCAUAACCUCCUCCUUCGGCUCACUAUCCCACCUUUCUUGGCUUGCCUCUGCGUAUUUUAUUGCCAAUGCGGCGAUUCAACCUUUAUCUGGAAAGCUCACUGAUAUCUAUGGAAGGCGAAAUGGACUUGUGCUUGCUAAUAUCGUGUUCUCAUUGGGAAACUAUAUGUGCGCAAGCGCGGAAUCCGAGUGGAUUCUGAUCGCUGGUAGGGUGGUAGCAGGGCUAGGAGGAGGAGGAAUCAUGGCAAUUACCACUUUUCUCUUAUCUGAUCUAGUUCCAUUGAGAGAAAGAGGUGUGUGGCAGGGUGUUGGGAAUAUGAUAUCGGGUGUAGGUUCCGGUAUUGGAGGUGUUCUUGGGGGGUGGAUCAAUGAUAGUUUUGGUUGGGAAGCUGCAUUCUUCUUGCAGAUUCCCAUUACGCUUCUGGCGACAAUAUGGAUGUGGUUCACGAUACGCAUCCCUAUUGUGGAUGAUGGAGAGGGAAAAUCAAAACUCAAACGAAUUGAUUAUCUGGGGUCAAUCAGUUUAUUCAUAACUCUCGUUAUGUUACUUCUCGGUAUGAGUGCCGGAGGUAACACUGUAUCUUGGACAGAUCCCAUCGUCUUAAUCAGUCUCCCCCUAUCCUUCAUAUCUCUCAUAGUUUUCAUCGUCACGGAACUCAAAUACGCCAAAGAGCCCAUCAUUCCCCUUCCUCUCCUCUGCGACCUAUCCGUUGCCGGCGGCUGUCUCACAAAUGCCUUCUCCUCCGGCUCGCGCUUCGCAGUGAUAUUCUACUUACCCCUCUUCCUCGAAGCUCAAGGCUACACGGCAACACAGAUUGGUCUCCGUCUAAUACCAGGCUCACUUGGCACUGCAAUCGCCUCCAUGAUGGCCGGCCUCAUUGUAAAAAGCACUGGACGAUUCUCUAAACUCGGUAUCGUCUCUCAAAUCAUCUACCUGCUAGGCAUGGUUUUCAUCUGUACAUUUACGUUACACACAUCUGCAUGGCCACCUUAUGUCUGGUUCUUCGUCAUCAACAUCGGAUAUGGCAUCACGCUUACCACCACCAUCCUGGCGCUAUUAUCAUCAGUGGGAGCAAAGGAUCACGCUGUUAUCUUAUCUGCACUUUUUGCAUUCCGCUCAACAGGGACUGUUUUGGGGAUCUCGAUUGCGGGACUUACAUAUCAAAACGUGUUGGGAAGAUUACUAUGGGAGAAACUUGGAGGGAUAGAUAAUGCGGCAGAACGCAUCCAACAAAUCAUCGAUGAUUUCAGGGUGGUGAAUGGACUCGAGGAAGGACUGAAGCAAUUGGCUUUACAGGCCUAUGUUGGUGCUGUAAGGGCUGUGUUCUUCGUAUUGUUGGGGAUGGGAUCUUUAGCUCUGGUUUCGACGUUGCUGAUUCGUGAUCGUGAAUUGUCUCGUAGAAUGGCACGAUGA